AUGGGUCUUACUGGUAAGGUGACAGGGCAAACGGAGAUCAAGUCUGAUGGAGAUUUGUUCUAUGAGAUUUGGAGAUACAGACCAAACCAAAUAUCGUAUAUGAGCCCUAGUAAUUUGCAAGGUGUUGAAAUAUAUGAAGGUGAAUGGGGAACCGUGGGAUCUAGAAUGAUUUGGUCCUAUACCUUUGGUGGGGAAAAGAAGGUUACAAGAGAUAUUGUUGAUGCAGUUGAUGACGACAAGAAGUCAAUCACUUGGAAGCUGGUUGAAGGAAGCCUCUUGGAUCUUUACAAGACCAUGAUUGCAACUGUUGAUGUUGAUACAAAAGGUGAAAUCAGUGUGGUGACAUGGACUUUUGAGUACGAGAAGCUUAAUGAGGAUGUCGAAGAUGCAAAUGCAUUGGUGGACUUUCAUCUUGUUAUGACCAAAGAUAUUGAAGCUUACCAUCUCCGCCAAAAAUGA